AUGACCAAGACAUCACCGCUGAUUGUCUCGUCGUACUCGAUACACGAUGUUCGCUUCCCGACCUCGCUCACGGGAGACGGUACGGAUGCCAUGAACAAGACCUGCGACUACUCGGCCGCCUACCUGAUCCUCUACACAAGCCCUAAGGAUGGGGCUGAAAUCCUUUCGUACCGUGGUCGCGAGAGCGAGGCGAUCAAUGCACCGGUCAAGGAGGAUUCAACGCUUCGCGGAUUCGGGAUGACAUUCACCAUCGGCAAGGGCAACGAGAUCUGCUGUCAGGCGAUCGCCUCGAUCGUCGAAGAGCUGCUGCUGGGGCGUGAAAUCGAGCCUCUGUUCGCCAACAUGGGCGAGACGUGGCAGCUCAUGGUCUCGGAUCCCCAGCUGAGAUGGAUCGGUCCGGAAAAGGGAGUGAUCCACCUCGCUACGGCUGCCGUGAUCAACGCUAUCUGGGAUCUGUUCGCGCGCUCGCGCAGCAAGCCUCUGUGGAAGCUCAUCUGCGACAUGUCGCCCGAGGAGCUGGUGCAGUGCAUCCCCUUCCGUUACAUUACCGACGCCAUCACGCCUGCCGAGGCGCUCAAGAUCCUGCAAGACGCUGCCAAGGGCAAGGCGGAUCGAGAGGCUGAGAUGGUGGCGAACGGAUACAAAGCCUACACGACCUCGGCGGGCUGGUCGGGCUACGAUGAUGCAAAGGUUGCUCGCCUGACACGGUCGGCGCUCGAACAAGGCUUCAACCACUUUAAGCUCAAGGUCGGUGCCGACAUGACGGAUGACAUCCGAAGACUGUCGCUGAUGCGAUCCAUCGUCGAUGAUCCAAAGGAGAUGCCCGCUGGUCGCAAGCAGCCCUCGGCGGAGAGUCUUGCCGGCAAGAACGCAGGACCUACCGGCUGCGUGGUCAUGGUCGAUGCUAAUCAGGUGUGGGACGUCAAGGAGGCGAUCGACUACAUGGAGAAGUUGGCGCCUCUGCGACCUUGGUUCAUUGAGGAGCCGACAGCACCGGACGACGUCUUGGGUCACGCUGCGAUCCGACGCGGCAUCCAGCACCUCGGCAUCGGCGUUGCGACGGGCGAACACGCGCACAACCGCAUGACUUUCAAGCAGCUGCUCCAAGCGGAUGCGAUCGACGUCGUUCAGAUCGACUCGUGCCGUUUGGCCGGCGUCAACGAGAUCCUCGCGGUGCUGUUGAUGGCCAAGAAGUUUGGCAAGAUCGUCUGCCCUCACGCCGGUGGUGUGGGUCUCUGCGAGUACGUCGUCCACUUGAGUCUGAUCGACUACAUCUGCAUCAGCGCGGAAAACGAGCGCAACGUGCUCGAGUGGGUCGACCACCUGCACGAGCACUUUGUGUACCCGGUAAGCAUCAACGGCGCUGGCUGCUACAACACACCGAUGGAUCCAGCGGGAGGAUACAGCAUCGAGAUGCUCAAGAGCUCGAUCGAGGACUACAGCUUCCCACACGGCUCGUAUUGGAAGAGCGGCGCCGCGCGAACAGCACCUCCUUCAGGUCAUUGA